AACCUCCUUCAGUUUAAGGGUACCCAGACAAGGGAUUUUGACGCUGGCUCUUUUCUCAUACUUUAUAACAGUACAAAGAAAGAAAACAACCUUCCCGCCGGAGGAACCUGGUCCGUUGUGCUAGUAUCAGUAGAGGAUAUCAUCAAGAGGCGUCGUGCGUGCUGGCACGUUCAGGUAUACUACUGGGGCUGAAAUAUCGAAGGUCGCAGCAGCCUCUGAAAACGGUCCGAAAUCUGCGCCGGAACCAAGCGGAACCCAACACUUGUCACAGCGGUGCUCACCACCACGGACCGCAAACCCCUCAACUGCGGGUUGUCAGCAGUAGCUGGUGGCAUCAGCUACUGCUGUAAACCUGCAGUUCAGAAGAUUGGGUUCAGUGGCGGCGAGCACAAGCAGUACAAGACACUGGGUGUCGAUCUAACUUGCGGAGAUUUGCGGAGAUUGUGGGCCACUACAACGACACUCGAUACCACCACCACAGAAGAAGUUUUGAGCGCGCCAACACCCCCCCCCGCUGCUAUAGGGUGUCCUCUAGUGAUAUUGGUACAAUGGACCAGGUUCCUAGCAACACCGGCCUUAUUUGAGCGCCUUCCGUUUGGGCUCUUUUGACUUGAAUUUAGACUGGUGUGGAUUUUUAUCUUGGUUUCAAAGGAUGCGUGUGGAGGUUCUGAAGUGCAUCAUGCUGCGUGAAGGGUACCUCGCACGCGUCACAAGCUUAGCGGAGGGCAUGCAACGAAGGUCGAAACGAAGCUGCGGUCCGCCUGAAGCUCUCCCCCCCGGUAUGGUUGAUCUCCUGGACUUGCUUCGGAUUGCCACCCUGGAAACCGUCGAAGCAAUCUCCCUAUGGAGACUGUCUCAGGUAACUCCUACACCAGCACCGUUUGAGUGGAACGGCCGCAACUAUCUCAUGAAAAUGCUACAAGACUGCGACUUCCUAGACCGCGUUGAGGCUCUCCGCAAAUGGCUCGGUUUCCCAAUAUCAGGCAACCCCUUCUUCGUUCCGCAAGAUGAGGUGCACACUGGCAACGAAGCAGAGGAACGCUCCGCCAGUCGAAGAACUAGCCAAACGGCUGGCGCAGGGUUAGGCUUCGAUAAAUUCGGCCUAGCAGAUGUUGGGAGGCAGCCGUGGCUCGGGCCGUUAGUAUUGACGAGCGCCGAUGAGGGCGGUGGCGAUUUCGCAAGAGAAGCAAAUAGCAGCCGCCGCCGCAAACAGCGGAGACUACGAAAAACGGAUGCAACGAACAGUCUGGCACCCUACGCUGCUGCUGUCGUGAACGACCCGACACUGCUGGCCGUGGUGAAGGCCCCAUGUCCGACGCGACGGGGCGACCAAAACAGCAUCCAAGGGUUUUGUCCGAGAACAAGCGCCCUCGAGUUGUCACCUAGAACGGCUACCAGGGACGUUGAGGCAUUGGUCCCUAACCUCGUUUCGAGGGAUGACGCGUGCAGGAUCGGUGUGGCGAGAAAAGCUUUGAUGGAUGAACAGAAGCAACUGCUAGAGGCUGCCAAGGUAUCGGAGGCAGAAGCAGCGCCAUGUGUUGGUCGCCGGCGGAAAUCCAGGGCUUGGUCGAGAGUUUCGAACGCGUCGUCGAGUGCCGGUUGGCAGAACUUCAGUGCGUCUGUAACCUCGACAGCUGGUGCAACAAGCAAGCGACCAUCCACCUUUGAAGCACAAGUCACUCGCCGAACAGGCUCAACUGUCGGGACUUUGCGCCCCAACCCUCAGGUUGCGUCUGCUUUACCGGAAACAGGCGACAUGCGCUCUUUAGUGUUGACGGCGGCCGGGCUCAUGAACCAACCGCUGCCUGACCCGCACCCAGGACUGGGACCGGUGGUAUUGAAGUCAGGUCUGCCGGGUGGACAACUACACCCUGACCCGUUCAUCCACACCGUGUCGGAUGCUCGUACUGCAACGACAGACGGCCUCGAGCAAGAAAUCUCAAUAGUUGUCCCUAUUAUCUCGGGUCCGGAAACCGAGGACCGAUGUUCCACAGCACCUUCGAAGCCGAACUCUGUGGUGGCGUCGUCUUCGACCAGAGGUGUAGCGGGUGGGCGACAAAGGCGAAGCGUUGGCCGUCGAUCCUCGGUGAACCAUCACCGCGCUGUCACUGCCCCGGAAAGUAUAUCCACUUCAUGUUCACUUCCGAGACGUUCGCUCCCGGAGCAAGGACCUCUGAACUCUUGCGAAAUUCAGCAGGAUACUCCCACAUCUCGUGGACCUUUCGCGGAAGGAGCUGUAACGCUGGAAAUGAUGAAACCGUCAGCCUCGGAGUAUUCCAACCGGGCGUUAGGGUUGUCGCGAAAAGCCGGCGCGGAACUGAGAGCGUUGACGGCCGCGGGGACGACUGGGCGGCGGCAGCCUCCGCCUCGUGAGAUACGUCUGCGCCGCCUGGCAAGGGACGUCGCCCGGCACGCGGCGGAACUCCGGCGGCUUGUGGGGGAAGAAAAUCGUCUCAGGAAAUAUCAAGCUUCUCGAUGCAGCGACGGCAGCAAACCAGACGGCGACAGCCAGUUACUCCACUGCGGGCCACGAGUAGGUGCGGGAUGCAUGGAGAAUGACGAUGAUGCCCUUGCGAGAAUGGUAUCUGUGAGGGACGAUGGCAGUGGAGCUCCUCAGCGGACGGGUUUGGAUGCUAUGGACGGCGAACUACCAGAGCACCGCCAGAAGAACAUGCAGACUCUGCUGGAGGCAAAACGUCGGGAGAUCGAGUUGAAGACGUUCGAUCUCGGCGUAAAGCGACACGAGCUGGGCUGCCUUCGGGUAGUGCAAAAGCAGGAGCGAGAGAGGAAGCUUGCUCUAGAGAUGGAACGGAGGCGCGCUCGCCUUGCAGAUGGGCAGAGGCUACCAGAAGACGAAAAGGUGGCGGAAUCGCUCGAGGAGAGUUUUUGCCUCCUGGUGCAGAAGCGCAUCCGGGGAAAUACUGGUCGCAAAUACGCGUCGUGCACCUCGUACCUACACGCAGCUCCGUUUGGCCAUCGCGGACAUUCCCAAGCAGUAAUGACAAUCCAACGUGGAGUCCGGUUCAUUUGGGAUAGAAGAGCUACAAGGCGCCGCCUCCUGCUACACGCCUCGGCGACGCCGAUGCAGGCGACCAUCCGGAUGUUCGUCAAGCGACAAGCCUACAAGCGAUUGCUGCGAGAGAAGAAGGAGUUGUUCGCAACCGGCAAGCUCCAGAGAAUCGGUCGCGGAAUGCUCGGGCGGCGAAGGGCGGCGGCACGCCGAUCCAUGAUAGCGGCAGCUACCAGGGCGCUUGAUUGGAUCUCUCUCGAGAACUUACAGCCAGAGCAUCUCAAGGAGCUGGCGCACGCGAUUCACGGUGCUCUCAUAGACCCAGUGCGUCAAUUUCCCCCAGCAGGCGUGCUCGGGGCCCUUCGUACGACGUUGACAAUCUUAGACGAUGCCAAACAAGAAUGCACCAACAGUAGAGGCGGCGGUGGCAGCAGUGACCGCAGCAACUGCAGCAGCGGCGGGAGAAGCGGAAGCGGCAGCGGUGGCGGGACCGGCAGAAGAAGCAGUGGCGUCGGGAAAGGCGGCGUGGACAUGGUGACGUUUCAAACAGCCCUUGGGCGCACUGUGCGGACCCCAGUGUCCUCGGCGGAUCUGACUUGGGAAAUGGCUGCGAGAGUGCUCGAAAGACCAUUCCGGCUUUUGCGGCGAAUGAGAGCCUUCGCGUCCGGCCUGGGGGCCUUUUCCGACUCAAGCGCGGCCCGCCUGCUUCACCUCUCCUCCGAGGCCUGUAGACUUCUCGCUGCAUACCGGUCGGACCCUUCGUGGUCCACCGAGUCGCUGUCGGCGAUAACGCUCGGCGGCACGGCAGCUAGGGCGCUGGUGGGGUGGGCGGUGGAGCUCGAGCGAGUGUUCGCGGAGCAGCCUCGCGUUGAAAAUUUUCUGAGAGACGCGCAGCCUGCGUGGCUCCGGAAAGCGAGGUCGUUCCAGAGACGCCGCCGAGCGUUGGAACUCCACGCCGAGUCGUGUCGGAAAGCGGUGGCGGUUGCGACGCAGUACCGCGAACACCUAGAAAACCGGGGACGUGCUUUUGGUGACCCGGUGGCGGCGUUGGAAGUGCUGGAACAGCAGCGUCAGGCUGCGGAAGAGGCGGUUCAAGAUCUGGAACGCAAGAGGAUAGCGUUUUUAGCCAAGCAAGCUAAAGCCGAGGAAGCUGCCGGGAGAGCUCUCAAGGACGACGUGGAGUUCGCAGAGCGGGAAGCCUCUGUGGCUGCACGGGCGGAGGAGAUGGCUCGUCGCCUCGGGCAGAGCGGGUCCGAGGAGUUAGCUGCUUUGGCCGGGAAGACGCUCGACUGUGGAGUUAUCCUCAGGGAGUUGCAGAGGCGGUUGCGCGUGUGGGAGCGGCGCUGUCGGCAGGGGAAUCGACCCCUUCUGCAGGAGUGGAUUCCUCCGACGGAGAGUCAGAGAAACAUGUCCCGAGCUUUGGGGGAAGUUCGCGCGUGGAAGCAGAUCACAGUGGUGCAGAAAACAAGGCUUGUCGAAGACGCGGGAGGGCGUCGGUUCGUCAAGGGCUUCACCGGCAAGGACAUGGAAAUCUGGAGGAGCACUGUCGAGGGGUUGACAGCAUGUGGCGCGGACAUUGAGUCGGGUGAGGCGAGACUAGAGGAAGACGUGGGCCGGUUCGAACAAGAGAUCUCGAGAGUCAAUGCGGAGAUUGCGGCUCAACAGGUCAGCUCAGCUCCCUGGGACAACACCACCAAAGAAACCCAAGCCCUAGAACAACAAGAGGAUGCGGACGCCGCUCGCGACGAGCGGAGGAUCGCCAUGGGCUCAACUCUUCCUCCCGGGAUGCUAGAAAACGUUUCUGGGACUUGCGGGGGGGGCGGCGUUGAAAGCCAGGGUUCCUCCGGCGGAUCCUCCAAACGACGACCCGUGCUGUUGCUCUUGGGGCUCGACCUGCCGGCCUCUGUCCGAGACGAGGUAAGGGCCAGACUCGAACAUGAUGCUCCCGAUCUAUUCGGCCAGCACGUCGUUGGUGUCGACGCGCUCCCUUCUCUGGCGUCCGCAGCGCAGGCGGCAGGGGGGCAAGGCUGUUUCUUGGAGCCGUGUCAGGAACAGACGGCAGGAGCAGUGACACCUCCUCCCUCUACUCAACCAACACGGGGGACGGUUGUGACCGGCAACACCGGUCAGAGAGGUUCGCCCAACCAUGGAGAACGUCUAGGGGGCGUGGCAACUGCACGCGGCGACUUCGAACAGGAUGUUGUCGCAAGGACGCGAGCCAACCUGGUACAAGCCGCGCUAUCGGCCGGCAAGAACGUAUCUCUCGAGGUUGUCCCCGGUCCGGGGCUAUGGGCGCGGGGGCGUUUUCUUCGGGACCUAGAGGCCCUCCUUGGGGGAUUGGACGCGUGCGGGUGUGGCGUCGACCACAGCGACACCGAUACGAAACAGACUUCUGCGCCGACAGUGCUGCUAGUUGAAGGGCACAGCCGAAAUCGCGCUGGAGGUGGCAUAGACGUGAGUCACGGCACGAAGUUCGUAGAUACAGUAGCAUUGCGAGGAGAAGGCACCGCGAAAAACUGGAAGGCGGACUGUUCUUACGAUCAGGGACCGGAAGGAACACUCCCCCCUGCAUCUUUGACCGCCAGGAGGCUGAAAGCUCUUAUGGAGGAGGCGGGCCAGUGUCUACACGAUCUGUCUACCGAGUACGGGAGAACUCCCAGUCCGUUCAAGGCGAUACAAGAUGACAGCUAUGCUUCUACAAGUUCUGAGGCACCGAGAGAAGCCCAUCAACAACGCCAAGGAACAAUCAGAGCAGAGGGAUCAACGGACCCCGAACUGCCAACCGCUGGCAGUUUCCAGAUGGGAAAACAGUGCAACACUUCGUUGGCGGCGACAGGCUCCCGAGGGACGGCUUUGCUGCUGGCAGCUUGUCACAUGCUCCUUCACCCUGGUCGACGAUACGACUUAGGGGAGUUCAGGGCAGGAAGCGGUCGUGAGGUGGACUUGACCGAAGGCGUGACGAUGCAAAAAAUUCCCAGAAAAGCGCCACCCACGUCGAGCGAAGAGAUUGAACAUGGCUUUGACAUGGUUCACGCCUCCGACCUAGCGAGGAGCUGCCGCGAAGAGCUUGCCAACCAGGGGUCGGCUCGGGGCGUGGCCGCCUUAAUCCGACGAGUACAACUCGACUCGAUGCCACUCGAAACGGCCGUUGCCCUCCAACGCGUUGUACAGCACUCCGACUGGCCCGUGGUCUCUCCUCUUUCCGACUUCGCCGGGUGUUCCGCUUCUGGGGCGUUCGUCGGAUGGGUUGUUGCAGCCGUGGCCGUCACGACCGAGCUUGUUCUCGGAGGGGGUGGGGUAGCACUGGGGGCAGGUUCAGGUUCAGCCCGAAAUCCUUCAGGUGACGAGUGGAAGGCCGUGGCGUCAGGUACGGGUGUUGUAGGCCGGGGUUGGUGUGGAGGGGCGGGCGGGGCAGGGUCGACAGCGGAAGGUAGCGGUGGCGAUGCGCUGCUAUCUACAAGCAUGAGAAACGUACACGAGGAACGAACGCGGGAACAGAGGCUCCUGCUAGGAAUGGAGACGUCCUUGAUUGAUGAGAACGUUGCCGUUCUGGACGACGAUUCACCGUGGUUGCCACCACCGGAAGGCCCCGAAAGACAUGGGGACGUGAGGAAUAGACGUCAAUGCAGGGCUUCGGAAGUGUUCGAUGAACUACUGGACACAGUUUUAAGGCCUUUCAAGGCAAGGGGAGAACCUCUCAGCACGCAGAUGGGGGUUUGCCUUGGUGAUCAUGACCGGUUUUGCGUGACGGUGAGCAGGGCGUUCGGUUCGAUUUACGCCAGAGCCGUGGCGCUAGGUACAGGGAGCAUGCGGAAGGGCCAAGCGGUGGCAGCUCGAACGAAAGAUGAAGACUUGAUCCCUCUUCUGUCGCCGAAUUGGAUGGAAAAGUGA